CGCUUAUGCUUUGAUGAAACAGGGUUCCUCGUUGACAUUGAUAGGUUACUUGUACAAUACUGCGACAUCCAUCACCACACAUUUAUUCACAUUCCCUUAAGCAUUUGCAUAAACACCCAGAAAGCUGAAAGCAUGUCAGACCAAACUACGAGCGAAUCGCCGGAGGCUUCGAGCUCGUUUGAUAUAAAGACACAUUUCCCAGCAGCACGUAUUAAGAAGCUGAUGCAAAGCGACGAAGACAUUGGGAAAGUUGCCCAGGCUACACCGGUUGUGGUUGGACGUGCGCUAGAGUUCUUUUUGGCGAACCUGGUCCAGGCAUCAGCAGAGCAGGCUAAGAUAUCUGGAACCAAACGUGUCACUGCACAGCAUGUGAAAAGCGCAAUCCAAUCGGAUGAUAAGUUCGACUUCUUGGUGGACACGAUAUGCUCGACGGAGGCCAAGGAGGAAUGAGAUUCCAUCCCCUUACUGUCCUCUUCUCAAACGUCGGAGGCAGAAACUGUUUAACGAUAGAAUGAAAUUGUGGUUUUUAUGUUGUUUACUUCUUUGGGUUGUUGUUGAUUUUUUGUGGGGAAGUGUAUUUAAUAAGGAGAGAAGCUGUAAUAGAAGCUCGUUAUGUAUAUACAUCUAUAAAAAUAUAUAUGUAAUGAUAAUCCUCGUGUUCUGAUGAUGGUG